AUGCUCAAUCAAGAACACCCAGAAGAGAUCUCCACUGUCGUCCCUGCCAUGAGAAAUCUGAAAACCAUGCUCUUUUAUGGUGUGAUCUAUUUGUUCUUAAAUGAGCAGUUUCCCAUUAGUCACAUUGGAAGCCAGGAGUACAUAGACCAUCCAAUGGGAGUAGUCUACCGGCUUCUAUAUCUUGUGCCAGCAUUUAUUGGAUUUAGGUGGCGUUUCUACAUAGGCUGGCUCUUAGCAGAAAGUUCUGCCAUGUCACUUGGCUUGGGUGCAUACCCAUUUUACACUGAUCCUAGACCUGGUCUAGGCCCAACCAAAUCAGCACCAGAGAAAAAUGGAGCAGUUACAGGGAGUGAAACAGAUCAGAUUGAGCAAAUACACCGAGAUACCCACAGGUACCUUAUAUAUAAUAUAGAAGUAUCUGUACAUGCAGUCUCUGAAUUUUUAAAAUGCCUAAAGGAGCUGUCACAAAUUUUAUCACAAUUCUAACAGUAGGAACUGCCACCAAAUUGAGUGAAACCUAAAAAUAAUUAGGAAUACUCAGAACAUUAAAAAGAAGGUAGUUAUAACAUAGCAAAUGCAAAAGAAGGCACAGAUGGACAAACUUCAUUAAGAUUAAAAUUGAUUGCAAUUGGGUUUUUGAAAAUUUGGUAGCUUAACCAUUUUCAAAGUUCAUUUUUGUUGUUUCCAACCUUUGAUUUAAUGCUUUAGGAGAGAUGCUUGUUUGAUGCAAAGCUGUGAUUUUGUCAUUUAUAAGUCAAGGUCCUUAGCAAAAAAAAUAUGCCUUAUUGGCAAUAUGAACCCAAUGAACUACGUAUAGACAGCUGUGACACAGCUCCUUUAAACUACAGUGAAAAUUAAAAGGUCCAGGCCUCUUCUUCGAAGAGAUAACCAUGUGCCACUAACCUGCAAUGAAGCAGGGGUUUUUUUUUUGUUUGUUCGUUUGUUUUUUUUUGGGGGGGGAAGGGAAUAAAAAGCCUUUUCCCCUCAUCUCCCAAACAAAAAAAGAAAGACUGCCUGAUCACAGGGCAGGUUAACAGAUGCCACUGAAUCUUCCCUUUUUUGGUGGUUAUGCUUUUUGAAGGUUUGCAUGAUCAGUUCUAAUAAUUUGAAAAUAACGAUACAGUAGAAUUUUUUUUCCAAACUCCUGAUAAAUCAAAUCUAUUGACUUUACCCCAUUUGGAUUCCCUUGUAUUUAACCUCCCAUAAGUGACAACGUCAAGUGCAAAGAUUUACUGGUUGCUUGUGAAUUUUUUCUGUUGUAGGGAACUUCUAAGUUAUGAUUAAUAUGCAUAGUUCCAUGUUGUUUUUCAAAUUUCUUUGGAUACUUUGAGAAGAGUAGUGCAUGCAGUGAGCAUAGAGAUCAGAUCAUGAGUCAAGUAGUCAGUUACAAGGCGUUUAAAACAAUGGAAAUUAUGAAACCAUCACCCCAAAAAGUGAUCACAGCCACUUAGAAGAGGUGGUUAUUUAUGAAAGGUUUCAACAAUAGGGCUUUAACUAGGAAUAAAAAUUAUUAUUAUUAGUUCAAAGUUGUUUAGAUAGCUGAUCACUUAUGGGAGGUGGUUGCUUACGAGAGUUACCUGGUUACAUAUAAAUUGUAGGCAGGUUCUUUUGGAACAAAAGAAAUUUCAUGUACAUGUAUGUUCUCUACAAGAGCUAAUGGUCGCUGACAGACAUCUCAUUUCCAACUUUGGAUGGCAGUGCUUUCCAGAGCAUUGUAAGAUUACCGUAAUCUUUUGUAAAUUACAUAAUACCUUAGAAUAGUCUCUUCAUGUGUAGACAUGUACUGUUCACUCACGUUGUUACAUCUCGUCCUAGCUUUGAGACAAUUCACAACAUAAAAAUCUUUGAAGUGGAGUUUUCACCAUCCAUGGCAAAUACAAUGAAAAACUGGAACCUGACUAUUCAGUGGUGGAUGUCCAACUUUGUUCACAGAAAACUUCCCUUUAAGAACAGAAAUUUAAGGUAGGAGAAAUUUUUUUGCUUUCGGUUUAUUACAUUAAUUUUAUAUGGCUAUAAUCCAAAAGAAGUUCAGGUGUAGAAUUAUUAGUAUGGCCCAUAUUCGUUGCAUUGUAUAUUAAAAUUUUAACAUGGCUCCUAGCUUUCUGGUCGGCCGUAUUUCUACAUUUGGUCUCGUUUCCUUUGUGCUGAAAGUUUAUAAUUCUGCCCAUAAAGCCUUGGAGUCAUUUUAGAAUUUUAGUAUAUAAUUUAUCAAACAUUGGUCAUCAUUUAAACCAUUAUCAAAAGGUUUAGAAAUGAUCUCAUGCAUUCACAAAUUAGUACUCAUGCCUCUGGGUUCAUCCUGCAAUCAACUAUGUCUGUCGGCUACAGCCACAGUACAUGCAUUAAUUUGUUUAUCAGCUCAUGACAGUGAUUAAUGAUACAUCAUUUUUUGUUUUGCAAAUCAGGGCAUUAAUUCAGGAGUAUUAAUUAUUAAUACUUAUUAAUGCCCUGAUUUGCAAAAUGUUAAAGCUGCAUGUACUUGUGUGAGACAAGUUUUUGUUUGUUGUUUGUUUUCUCUAAGCCCUACAUAGCGUGCAUGAUUAUAGCUUUUGAUAUCACAUACGUGUAACUUCGUAAGACAUGUCAUAAGGUUUGUUUUAAGAAAUUUAAAAUAAAAUUUUUGCUUGAGAUGUUGUUUUUUGUUUGUCUAGAAUGUUUAUCACCCUACUUGUAAGUGCAUUCUGGCAUGGUGUUGCUCCUGGAUAUUAUCUCACCUUCCUUAUGGUGCCCUUUGUUGUCAUUGCGGAGGUACGCAUGGCAAAAGCCAUCAAACCUUACCUGUCACCAAAGCUGUGUUACUACUAUGACUGGUUGAGCUGGUUUUGCCACUAUCGUUCCAUGGAGUACCUUGGGUGCGGAUUUAUGCUCCUUCAACUUGAGCCUUGCAUAGCAGCAUGGAAAAGUGUUAACUAUAUUGGACAUAUUUUUAUUGUAAUAUUUAUUUUACUUCCUAUGUUUAUUCCUAAGAAGCAUGUCAGUGAUACAGAACCAAAAAAGAUGUCUUAAACAUGAAUGUUGUAUUUAACUGUAUAGAUUUAUUAAUUUCAAUAUACAUACUUAUAAUUCAUUUAAUUGAAUUUUGACAAUCAAAGUCAGGUUGAGAGACUAGUGUAUGGAACAUUAAUAAAAUGGCUCAAUCAACAGAACAGAGUAUGUGAAUGUAGCAAUGAAGUCAAAAGCACUGCUGAAUUUAGUAUGUAUAUUGAAAAUGUUCUUAAAAUACCUCAAGUGUUAAACAUUCAAAACUUCAAUAUUUGAAGUACAAUAAAGUACUAAGAUAUUUUAUUAUAUU